UUUUAAAUUAUGUCAAGAGAUUUCUUACCAAGUGUCAACUUGAAGUAUGUCAAACUCGGUUACCAUUACUUAAUAACUCCUCUUUUCACACUUUGUUUGAUCCCUUUAAUGGCUUUUAUCAUCGUCCAAGCAUCGACGUUGAGCCUCGACGACGUCCACCGAUUGUGGCUUCAUCUUGAACAAAAACCCGUCACUGUCACCGUGUUCUUUGCUCUCAUCGUGGUCGGGUCAACCAUUUACAUCAUGUCCCGAACACGAUCCGUUUAUUUGGUGGACUACUCUUGUUAUCUCCCUCCUCCACAUCUCAAAGUCGAGCACCACCGGUUCAUGGAACAUUGCAAGCUGAUGGGUGCGUUCGAUGGUUCCAGUUUGGAGUUUCUAGGCAAGAUAUUGGAAAGAUCGGGUCUCGGAGAAGAAACAUGUGCCCCUGAAGCGAUGCAUUGCCUUCCGCCGAGACCGACAACGGCCGCUGCAAGACAAGAAGCAGAACAGGUGAUUUUCGGUGCUUUAGAUACCCUUUUUGCCAACACUAAUGUUAAGCCAAGAGAUGUCGGAAUCCUUGUCGUUAAUUGCAGUUUGUUCAACCCAACUCCUUCCUUGUCUGCAAUGAUUAUCAAUAAGUAUAAGAUGAGGAGUAAUGUUAAGAGCUUUAAUCUAGGGGGUAUGGGGUGUAGUGCUGGUGUUAUAGCCAUUGAUCUUGCUAAGGAUAUGUUGCAAGUUCUUAGGAACAGUUAUGCCAUUGUUGUUAGCACUGAGAACAUUACACAGAACUGGUAUUUUGGUAACAAGAAAUCGAUGCUGAUACCGAAUUGCUUGUUUCGAGUCGGGGGUGCCGCGAUUCUGUUGUCGAAUAAAUCCGCGGACCAAAGUCGGAGCAAGUAUAAGCUCGUUCAUGCGGUGAGGACACAUAUCGGAGCAGAUGAUAAGGCGUUUAAUUGUGUUCGACAGGAGCAAGAUGAUGAUGGGAAAACUGGGGUUUCUUUGUCUAAAGAGUUGAUGUCAAUUGCUGGUCAUGCACUCAAGACUAACAUCACCACAUUGGGUCCCCUUGUGCUUCCUAUAAGUGAGCAACUUCUGUUCUUUGUGACAUUAGUUGCCAAGAGGUUGUUCAAUGCCAAAAUCAAGCCUUAUAUCCCGGAUUUCAAGCUCGCAUUCGACCAUUUCUGCAUUCACGCCGGUGGUCGGGCUGUGAUCGAUGAGCUAGAGAAGAAUUUGCAGCUUCUCCCUAUACAUGUUGAGGCCUCUCGUAUGACACUGCACCGGUUCGGUAACACAUCGUCGAGUUCGAUCUGGUACGAGCUGGCCUAUACGGAGGCGAAGGGUCGGAUGCGUAAGGGGGACCGCCUUUGGCAGAUCGCUUUCGGAAGUGGUUUCAAAUGUAACAGCGCAGUGUGGUUGGCCCUAAAGAAUGUUAAACCCUCAGCUGGUAAUCCAUGGGAAGGUUGCAUUCAUAGGUAUCCAGUGAAGCUUACGCUGUAAUCAUUCAAAAUUCCA